UUCAUUCUAAACCUUAAUAAUAGAAAUGAUGAUGAGAUUUAAAUGAAAACAACCAAUUAUCAUACUCUCGAACUGGCUAUAAAAGGACUUUCGGACCUGAGGCAACUAUGAAGCAAUCUCCUGUGGUCAUCCAAAGCUAUAAUAAAAUCAAAGACUUCACCCAGAGCCGCAUUAGACAUUGAGAGAAGUUUGGAGCUGGUCAAUAGCAUGAGCAGCCCUCAUGUAUGGAUGAUAGGUAUUCUACUGCUGUUGGCAGUCCGAACUUCUUCCUCGUCAGUAGGCAGGCAACUCAGCAAUGAUGACUUCUACAAAAUUCGUGAUUCAUCCAGUUCUGACUCCAAAAAUGUGGCUUAUGCUGAAAUUAUUCCAAAGAAUAUCACAAAUCCUGCACCCACCAGGCAUCUGGAGAUGCAGAGGAGCACACAACAUAGAAAGCCCAAUUUGAUUGAAGAACGCGAAAUUGACGUAGGGAGUUUGGAGAAGUCGCAUGUCAGUCGUGAACUCACUGCAGGUAGCAUAAACAGAAACAUAAUUUCUGAAAGUUCAGAUGAAGAAGCAGCAUACCUGUACAAUUCGAUUGUCUUUAAUCGUUCAAAAAGAAAUUAUUCCCAUCAUGGACGAAGUGUCUACGAUCAUGAGCUAAAAUUUAACUCAGGAAGGUCACAGGCUGCUUUUGAAACCGGCAGCUUGCAUCUAAACAUAAUCAACGAAGAUGUACAGGAUAGUAUACAUUAUGGAUCUUCCUUUUACCGUCCUUAUUCUUCUAUCGAUGGCAUUGCUUCAAACAUAAGGCUAUUGAGCUUUACACUGCCUCGAAUAAAGGCUUACAAUCAUAAUAUACAGUCUCGUUUCGUUGAAGUGGAUGAGAGUAGAAUAAACUUGAGAAAUUCAUAUGCUGGACUACCAUCACGCCGUCAUUCAUCAUAUAAAAGACGAUAUCCUCGUUUUCAACGAUCUCCGCAUCAGUCACGCCCGAGCUACAGUGCUCGUCUGGCUGAUGUUCCAUUUUCUCAAGACCCGAAUUAUCACCGAAUCCAAGGCGUUCACUCGGAGUCUCGAACAUUCAGCCAGAGCUCGGAUUUGUUGACCCAAAUAAAUUCUCAUUCCCAAGAGAGACAAUCCGAUAUGCACCGUGAACCAAGCUAUUCUCAAUCAAUUUUCCCAAAUUCUAAAAUAAAUCCCGUCAACAAUAAUUACCCAAGUAACAGUAGCCUACUCGCGAUUCUUGAUUCACAGACAUAUAUCCCAUCAUUGGACUCUCCAAAAACUCCUAGAGCGCGUGCGUAUCACGAGUACCAACAAUUGCCGAAUUCAAGUAAGAGAGUCAUAGAAGAGGAAGCGAGAAAUUCACUUAAUGUUAUCGACAACCAUGAGGAAGGCAGGUUUCACAAUCCUAACGAUAUUCCUGCCGUUCGUUACCAACAUUCAAAUUUUCACGAGGAAGCGAACUCUUUGGAUGUUUUCCCUGAACUAACGACCGUAAGCGCAGCUGUCGAUGAUAGACUUGCAUACGAAUUAGCGGAAGAUAACGAUGCAACCUCAAGAAGUUCCAAGGAUCCUGCAAACCUUCAAGUUGGCAAGUCCCUCAACAUCUUCUCUCGAUACGGAUUUCUAACUCUUUCCAUAAAGGUUCGACCACCAGUUGGUGUCCACGACUAUCUUUUCGUUGAAAACACGGCUGAAGUGUUUCAGAAAAAUUCAUAUUGGAGUCAACGCGAACGGAAAAAGCACACAGGAGAAUUUGAUGACCACUUUUAUAUUCACUUCUGCGAGAACUUGAACGAGCUCCUCAUCGCCUACUUCGAUCACUUUACGAUAGAGGGUGUGCCAAAAGCACACAAGGCAUUCACUGCUUCAUUGUCAGCAAGGGAUUUGGCGAGGCAGUUUGGCAUAAACUCGUCUUUCCUACGAGGAAGAUUUUCAUUUGUUUUGGUUCGGCUUUUCAGACGAAAAAUGCGCAAUACUCUGGACGGUCCGUUGACCGUACUCGCUGCUUUGCAAGCGGCGCUCCGAUCUGUUAGGAUUGGAUCCGAAGAAUCUGUUCAUCGGUUCGUCGACAGGUUUGGCACGCACGUCAUCAAGGAAUUCGAGGUGGGCGACGUGAUGUAUCAGACGUUCGUCUUCGGGGAGCGUAUCUACAAGCAGCUGAAGAACACAUUCGUCACUGUCCGCAGUGAAAGCCAUCUAGAGCAGCUACAACUAUAUUUCUCACCGAGAUAUGCUACCAGCAUCGGCGAGAUACAACUGGCGUCAGGCAACAGCAACCUGACUAAAAUCCUGGAGAACGGCGGAGCUGUGCCGCCAGAACUUCUCGUCUAUCCCAACAUUUUCAAAGCAUUUGACGAUCCUGCUGUUGAGACGGAGCUGGAGCGGCUGGAAGGAGAGGUGGUGCUGAGCCUGAAGCUGGAGAAGAUCACUACAAGACUCCCGCAGUCAGCCACCAUCAGGUGGAUGUCAGAGGUGCUCGAUAACUCCUUAGCUCUCUACUACCAUAACCUCGACUCAACCAGGGACACUACCUAAGCAAAAAUCGCUAAAAUUUUAUAUCAAAGAUGUUAACAACUUCGACAAUAAAUUGAACACUAAUACAGUGCUCGUAAUUGGAACCCCUAAGAUACGAUUCAAGAGAUUUAAUUACUCAAGUCAAUAAAUUAAAUUCUUCAAACGCGCAAGAGUCGAUAUUUGUAGACUUUUGCCAUUCAUCAACACUAAAUAUAUUAAACCAAAACGAAGGUGGGACACACACUGUCGCGUCGUCCAAAUUGCACAAGUCGAGAAUAAUUUGUCACUAACGAAUAACGGAGGGCCUGGAAUGGCCAGAAAGACGACG